AUGGACGAACUGAUGGAAACGAAAGGCGAAGUCGCAAAAUAUAAAACGGAUGUGGAAUCGCUGACGAGGCAGGUGUCGCUACUACGAACUAUCGAAAAGCGGCAGCAGCAGGAGCUAAAUGUUUUACGCGAACGCAGUUACAGCAGUGAAAAAAUGACAUGUACUCUAAAACAGCUUGAGAUACGAUUGCAAAGGAUUGAUGAAAAAAAGAUACAGGGUCUUGAGGAGCAGCUGACUGCUGCUAAAAAUGAGAAUGAAUCUUUGAAGAAAUUUGUUGGCGAGAUAACCGAACAACAUCGUUCCUUUAGUCUGGAUUUGAAGAUGAUGCUGAACAAAGUACAAACGGAACGCGACCAGGCACUGGCAAGUAGAAAAUCAGUCGAGGACCAGUUAAGCUUGAAAGAAAGAGAAGUGAGUGGUUUGCAAGCGAGAUAUGACGACCUGAUGAAUCAAAUGAAGUCGCUAGACUCGGCUUCUGAUGAUGCUGGACAUCGGGAAGAGAUGCAUCAGCUCCGGAGUCGUAUCAGCUACUUGGAAAAUCGGUUAACUGUAGUGUCGAGGGAACUUGAAGCGAGCAAUAAGCAGUUGGCCAUACGUGAAUGUGAAAUUGCCGAAAUCAGUAAACUAAGUAGCAGUAUGGAGACAACGAUUCUAGAACAAGGAGCUAAUAUUGUGGCGGAACGAAAUAGCUUGCAGUCAAUGCUGGACGUAGUGAAAGAGCAACUUGCUGAAAGUGUGGCAACGGUUGAGAGCUUGCGAGCACAAAUCGGAUCGUUGGAGCAGCAAGCAAAUGAGCAGGCCAACACUAUGGCGCAACAGAAACUGGCCUUUCAGAAGGAGCUGCAUUGUUUCCAGGAACAGAUGAACGAUCUGAACAUUCUCAAGGCGAAAGCUGAUUCACGUGUGAGUGAGAUCGAAGCGAACUGCGCCAAAAUACUUGCUGAAAAAACAGCGGUGGAGGAAGAAUGCGAUCGACUGGGUAAGGAAGUGAGUCGACUCGAGCAGGAAAUGCACGUCAAGGAAACCGAGCUGGUAAAUGUGAGAAGCAACGCCGCUCAAUUUGAACAGAGAUGCGAAGAUGUACGACACGAUUGCGCAUCAGAAGUUGCGGUGUUGCGUGUUGAAAACGAUCGUCUUGAGGAAGAGCUGCGUAAGGCGAAUGCACUGGUUGAGGAGCAGAAACAGAAACUGGAACUUGUCGGUGAAAACCUUGUAAAACAGUGCAAUGCGAAAAAUGCAUAUUGA